CUCCAACACCACAUUUCCCACACGCACAGUCGAGCGCAGACAUUCGCGUGGAGGAGUUGUCUUGUGUGUGUGUAUGUGUGCAACAACUGCUGUCCGACACACCCACACUCGUGCUUGCUGCGGACUCCUUCUUUUUGUUUGUUUGGUUGGUUGAUGUGUUUGCUUGUGUUUGUGCUCGUGGACCAAACACACACACACAAACAACCCAAACAACCCAAACACACACACACACAAAAUCACACUCCGCAAGUCGCAAUUUGUUUGUUUUGCUUUGUUGCCACCGCCAGUGUUGGUGUGUGUGUGUUGUGCACGCCAGGCAACGCCUCCAGCGUACACGUUUUGCAGUCCUUUUGUGGACGGACAGCCGCCCACAGCUCCCUCCCUUCCCCCCACCUGCCAACCAAUCCGCCUCAUGCUGCGUUGCGUGGGGCUUGCCGUGGCCGCGGUGGCAUUGGUACUGGCCACGGUUGCCGUUGGCCCCGCCCACGCUUCGCACACCCAGGAAAACAACACCUUGUUCAGCUUCCCCAUCAGCGGAAACGAACCAGACAUCGCAUACUACUGGAACGCGGUGCAGGUGCUGACGAAGACAGACAAGAGGCUUGUUGAUGUGGCGUCUGCGCGCCUGUACAUUGAGAUUGACAAUGUGACGUACUCCCGAUCCGUGAUGCUGCAUGGCGGCGACUCUCGCUUCAAGCGCGAGCUAACGCCAGAGACGUGGGAGCUGGAUCGCACGCGCCCGCCCACGUGGAAGAAGUGCCAAGACGGGCCCAGGGCCAUCGGCGGCACGCUGCAUCACGUCACGUACUUUGUCAACGACACAUCCACGGUUGUGCUCACCCGCCGUCGCACCAGCGGGCCAAACGCCCGCAUGGAGGUGUGGGUGUACCACGACUGCAAGUGGUACGACGUCACCAGCAGGUACACGCCCACCGUCGACGCAGCCUUCUUUCCCGCCACCGUGCAGUAUUCACAGACGGAUGGGAACGGGCCUCUCCUGGACGUGGUCGCCAUGUACGGCGGGUGCGCGCACCGCGUGUUCCAGGCCGAGACGUCCCUGCGCGACCGCUGUGUCCGCUUCAACACAGGCAACAACUUCACCCUCUUCAACGUGCGCGCGGUGGUGUACGACUGGGCCGGUGUGCCGCGGCCACCGGAGCUUGCAGGCGACAUCUUCAAGCACGUGCCCAUUGCGCCCACUGCCGGCGGCGGACUUGCCCCAUCGGGAAGGCGCGUGUCCGGAACAACCAUCCACAACGGUUUCAUCUGGUUCUUUGGCGGCGAGAGCGAGGGCGGCGUGCACCACUGCGACCUGUGGCGCAUCAACAUUGCCGGGUGGGAAGGCCAGACUUGGCAAACCAUCCAGACCGUUCCCCUGCAGUGGGAGCUCGUGCAGUCGUGCGACGCACACAGCGUCAUGCUCUCCUUCAGCAACAUUGGCAACACCGUCAUGACGGGCCUGGGCAAGUUUGUGUACAUGCUUGGCUCGGCCAACCUGCCCAAGACCAACGGGCCCCUGAUUGUUCUGGCGUGGGAUACUGAGGAGGAGCGCUUCAUCGUCGUUGCGUCGGAGAAUGUGCAGCGACCCGCCUGGCCCGUCGACUUUUCCCACCUCAACGUCCCAAGAGGUGCCUUUGCAUCGCUGAUCACGGAGCGCGCAACAGGCAUGUUGUUUGGAGAUUUUUCGGGCCUGCGCACGGGCCUGCACAACCCCGUGUGGGAGUUCACCACGUUUAUGAACGACGACGACCCAGACAUGCUGUUUGUGCCCGUGCCCAACAUCAACCGGCCCACGCCAAAGGUCGGCCACACCUUCAACCGCCUGCCCUCCCAGGACCUGAUCAUUUUUGGUGGCUCUGACGGGCGCAUCACAAACGAGGCAUGGCUGUUCAACCUCAACCCAGAAGAGGCACAAUGGACCUAUCUUCCACCCGUUCCCAAACGCGAGCAGCCAGAUCCCCGCAUGUACCACGCAGCCGCCAUUGUCGGCAACGGCCUGGUUGUCUUUGGCGGAACAGAUGCCCUCGAAACGGCGACGUUUAGCGAUUUCUGGUUCCUGCGCGUCACGCCCGAGCGCAAGGCCCUGUGGACACAGCUGCAGCCCAUGUCGGACUCGCACAGCUGGAACGGCACGGCGGGCGCAUCGUACACGUGCCGCACCGCCACGACCACCAUUGGCCCACCGCCGGGCCACGAGCGGGAGGUGCGCUGCUUCUCGUUUGGCGGCCAGCGCGACGGCGUCCCCACCAGUGAGCUCUUCUCCUUCCAGUUUUUCCAACCCCUGGACAACCUUGACGCAAUCCCGCUCGUGCGUGUGCGUGAGGGCGUGUUCUCCAUCAACCCGCGCAACGCCACCACCACCAGCAGCGGCAGCAGCAAGAGCGCUGGGGAUGGCAGCGAUGGUCUGCCGCCCGCGCGUGUGCACGGGAUGGUGAUGCGUGACUCACAGCAGGCGCGGUUUGUCAUGCUCGGUGGGCGCAAGCGGCUGGACGAGAACGCACGCGAGCACGUGCUGGAGGACAUCUGGCUGUUUGAGGUGGGCAGCGUGCGGCUGGAUGACCAGGGCCGCUUCAUUGCCACGGUAACCAACAUGACGCGCCGGCAGAUCCUCGACGCCAACGCCCAGGACGCCGAGUCGUACGUGCCGCCGCCCCCGGGCCAGUACGACAUCCUGUGCCCCAUCAGCGCCAACACGACCACGUCGCCGUGCGAGUCCAACCCCAACAUCUUCUUCCAGCUGGCGUGCUACAUGCCCACGAGCCCCGAGGACCUCAAGUGGAUGUUCUACGGCGGCCGCCACAACACGCAGCUCUCAGACGCCGUGUGGGAGUUUGACUUUGAGCUGUUCCGCUUCACCCAGCUGGAGGUGCGCACGGGCGCGGGCGUCAACGAGCAGGACGAGGCUGCGCGGUGGGGCCACACGUGCUUCUUCCACGCCGACCACAUCAUCGCCUUUGGCGGCAUUGGCAGCAACAACAACUACCUCGGCUCCAUCGUCGCCUUGCAGCCGGAGUGCAACCCCGGCUGGCAGUACGAGGGCGACAGCUUUGCCACGUCCAGCUGCAUCCCCUGUCGCGGGGAGUACUUCUUCCAGGGCGGGCAGUGCCGCGCGUGCCCGCACGACACCAUCAACGAGGGCCGCAUGCUCCUCUCCAGCACAUGCACCCUGUGCGCCAAGCGCCAGCAGGACCGCUGCCACGGCGAGUGCCAGGUGCAGUUUGAGCGGCCCACGUGCGUGUGCUCGGGCCUGCGCUUUGGCGAGCGCUGCCAGUACCCGGUUGUUCCGGUCAUCCUGCUGCCCGUGCUGGCUGCGGUUGCCAUUGGCCACCUCAUCUUUGUGCUGUCGCGGCGCCACCGGCGCAUGGCUGCCAAGAACGAGGUGUUGGAGGCGCUGCUCGACGGCGUGAACGAGGAGCUCGCCUCGCUGGAGAAGGUGUUUGAGAUUGACAUGCAGGACAUCCACCUGAUCAAGCGCAUCGACUCCGACACGCCCGGGGCCAUGGGCGAUGUGUACAAGGCCAAGUACAACGGCAAGGUGGUGGCGGUGAAGAAGCUCAAGGCCAUCCUUGUGGAGGACGGGGAGGACAACAGCUCGCUGCGGGAGUUUCAAGAGGAGACGCUCUUCCUCCGCGGUAUCCGCCACGCCAACAUUGUCUUCUUCUACGGUGCCGGCGUCGACGCCUCUGGUGUUCCCUUUCUCGUCACGGACUUUUGCGAGCGGGGCAGCUUGUCGUCCAUCAUCAACAACAGCGACGCUGCCCUGCCGCUUGGCCGCAAGUUUGGCUUCCUGCUCGAUGCCGCGCGUGGCAUGGCGUUUCUUCACGGUCUGCACCCGCCCCGCGUGCACGGCGACCUGAAGAGCGCAAACCUGCUCGUCACGUGGGACUGGACAGUACAGAUUGCAGACUUUGGCACCAGCUGCCUGUGCGACCAUCUGGAGGAGAAGGCGAGCUCCAACCGCAACUCGAUGCGCGCGCGCACGGGAUCGGAGACGCACAAGGCCGGCGACGAGUGGCAGGCGGACAUUGGGGCGCUGGGGUCCACCCCGCGCUGGGCGGCCCCAGAGGUGCUGGCACGAGACGUGUUCCUGCUGGCGUCGGACGUGUACUCGUACGGCAUGGUGGUGUACGAGCUUGAGGCGCGCCACAUGCCGUUUGUCGACGUGCGCUUCAACAACGAGGUGGAGAACCUCGUGCUGCAGGGUGUGCGCCCCGCCGUCCCGGACACGGCGCACCCGGUCCUGGCCAAGCUGAUGCAGGCGUGCUGGCAGCAGACGGCGACAGAGCGCCCGUCGUUUGCGCGGGUGUACGAGCAGCUGGAGGAAGCCGCGGCCUCCAUCCCUGACGCAAGACGCUCUGUGUCACGGCGGAGGUCCACCGCAAGCUCGCCUGGGUCUGGCCGGAGCAAGAGCGUCCUGCGCCACCGAUCGCAGGGGGCGUCGAGCCUGCUGUCCUCCGUGGCGAGGCGCGUGCGUGCAAGCACGGUUGGGCGCGCGGUGGGCCGAGCCACGUCAUCAAGCAGCAGCUACGAGCGGCUCACAAGCAUGAGCGAAGUGUCAUUACCGCUGACAACGCACCAUGAGCGCAACCGCAGUGGUGGUCAUGGUGGCAGCGAGCAACACGACGAUACUGGGCUGAAUGGCACCUCCUCUGUCGGCGAUGGCACGGAGGAUGCAACGGAACUGCACAUGCCAACAACCCACCAGCGACGUAAUGAUGGUGAUGAUGGUGAUGAUGGUGAUGAUGGUGAUGAUGGUGACGGUGGUGAUGGUGGUGGAGGUGAUACCGCGGUAGUUUCUGUUGGCGACUCAACAUCCGAAUCCACGCUUUAG